AUGGGCGUCCAGCAAUCGCGCACCAGCUCCGAGCAUUUGGGCGCGAUCACGUCGAAGCCUCUGGAGCUGCACCGUCAAGCGGAGACGGGCAUGUUUUCGGACUCAGAGAGUGACGUUAGUGGAAGUGACAGCAAUACAGAUGAGGAGAACGGCGUGUGGAUGGCGCUGCCGAGCGCAUUGAGCUCCACCGGUCGCACAUUUCGCAAAAUUGAAACGCAGGUGGUGAAUCAAGAGGAACAGCUUCACUUGGUCAAGCGUAGAGCGAGGAAACUCGCACGAACUACUGCAGACGCUACAGAGAAUGGCGCAGACCCUAUGUCGCCUCGUCAUUUUCACAAGAUAAAAGUGAUCGGAGUUGGUGGGAUGGGAAGAGUGCUGCUGGUUCGUCAUCGACGAGAUGGAAAGCUGUACGCGAUGAAAGUCAUGUCUAAAAAGUCGGUGAAGGAGAAGGAUAUGGCUGCGAGAGUUUUGGCGGAGCGUGACGUUCUCGGGGGAACUUGCCACCAUGCGUUGGUUCAACUGUAUUGGGCUUUUCAGACCAAAGACAACCUGUAUUAUGUGAUGGAGUAUUGCCCUGGUGGAGAGUUGUCCACGCAUCUGGAGCGAGCAACGAGGUUUACGGAAGAAGUGACAGCGUUUUAUGCGGCUGAGCUACUUCUCGCUGUGCAGCAGCUUCAUCAACACGGCAUUCUGCACCGAGAUCUGAAGCCAGAAAAUAUCCUUCUCACAAAAGACGGACAUCUUAAACUUGUUGACUUCGGUAUCAGCAAGUUCGGAAUUACCGAAGCUACUCGAGGGGCGACGACUGCCUGUGGUAGUUACGAGUAUUUAGCUCCUGAAAUACUAAAGGGGAAGGAAUACGGCACAGCUGCGGAUUGGUGGGCUUUUGGAGCAGUGGUAUAUGAACUCCUGACAGGAUUACCGCCAUGGUACAGCCAGAAUGCGAAAGAAACGUGCAAGCAAGUUCUAUUCGCACCACUUUCGAUCCCAGAAUUUAUAUCGCCGGAAGCCGAGGAUUUGUUGCGAAAGCUACUCAACCGGAACCCGUAUGAGAGAUUGGGCUCUUUGCAUGGGGGCUCAGAAUUAAAGGAGCAUCUAUUCUUUCGUCAUAUCGACUGGGAAAUGAUUACUUUUCGGGAGGCCCAACCACUGAUCCAACCUUGUUUAUCUACAGAAACAAUCAUCGAUGGUAUCAAUAGUAGCUUUCGCGACGAUUUUACAAGAGUGUCGCUAGGACGUAUUGACAGUCCUGGGAGCGAUGGGGGGUUCAGUGAAUCCUUUAAAGGGUUUAACUUUAAGGCAUCUGAAGACCAGCAGAUUGAAUAUGGCUACACUCGCGACAUCAAUAUGUCCAGUAAUAAGGAUGGUGUCUUCUAA